AUGUCGUCCAAAGCCAGAUCUUCAGCCGCCACUAAAAAGAAGAAGAAGCCAUCGCCGGCGACGGAACCGACGUCGAUAUCGAUCCUAUCACUUCCUAACGAUGUUCUCUUGAAUUGCUUAGCCCGCGUCCCUAUAUUGUACUAUCCAAUUCUCUCCCUCGUAUCCAAAACGUUCCGAUCCAUGAUUGCUUCGUCGGAGCUUUACGAGACCCGAUCACGCUUAAACCGCACCGAGAAGCGUCUCUAUCUUUGCAUAUACUUCCCUCUCGACCCAGUGACACGCUGGUUCACUCUUUGCCGUCUACCUGAUCGAAACUUAACCAACAAGUCAAGUGGCUAUCUCAUGCAGGAAAUUCCAUCUCCCAAGUAUAUCUCUCCUGAGCGAUCGUCGACCCUCGUAGCCGUUGGAUCUAAUGUCUACAAAAUCGGCGGCGCUGAUAUUGAAGACAGAUACACAUUCUGGAAGAGGGUGCAUUCUUCUAGUGUAGCUGUUCUUGAUUGUCGCUCUCACACGUGGCGCAAUGCUCCGAGCAUGCGAAUGAAGCGGAGCUCCUCCUCCACAGCAUCCUUACUUGAUGGGAAGAUAUAUGUCGCAGGAGGAUGCAAAGACAAAUACGUACACCACAAUUCCCCUGAUUGGAUCGAAGCCUUUGAUACUGUGACACAAACUUGGGGAUCUGUGAAGAACCCUCGUGUUUUCGAAUUGCACCAUGAGUUUAGGGACAAGCCUUUUGUAGCCGGAAGCUUUCCUCUUGAAGGAAAACUCUAUAUGUUUGGUGAUACUUUUGCUGUUUACCAUCCCGAGGAAGAUAGAUGGGACGAUCUACGAUACGAUUACAGUAACUAUCGUAUGUCUUGGGGAGCAAGAUCUAGUCAUUGCGUGAUAGACGAUGUCUUGUACUUUUGGAAUAGUCGAGUGUUGGAAUGGUAUGACAUUAAGGCAAGUUUAUGGAAGGAAGUGAAAGAUUUGGAGAUUUUGUAUGGUCCUUUGGCUCAGGCUGUCUUUUAUGACCGGGUCAAACUUGUGAUAUAA